AUGCUGUCCCAAAGAACUAUUGGUAUUGCGAUUUUCUUAUCGAAUAUAAUCGUACUGACGGCCUUGAUCUCAUUCUUCAUUGUUCAUUACAUGAUUGUACAGCACGAAAAUUUGAAGUUUUGGAGUGAUAUGCGAGCAACAAAUUACACCAAAAUACGAAAUAUGUUCGGAAUAAGUAAUGCAAACAACGAAUUGCAAGUUCUUCUGGUAAAACAGUACCACUGCUACAACAACCAAACGUAUAGAAGCCUACUUAUUAGAACGCAACACAGUGAUAUGUGCGGUGAUCUAGACGUUAUAAAUAGACCUUCUGUUUACUUAAGUAUCUUUGAGGACGAUGAUCGCAAAAAUACCUUGGUUUACAACCAGCCGAUACCACUACGGACCAAGUACUUCAGCAAAAUGGAGUCAAUCUAUCUUUGGAAGAUAUGGCCAUUUUUAGAUGUGGCUAGAGUGUAUAUGAUCUAUAACAAAGUGUAUGAAAUACUUGGGAGCGAAGAGCGGGUAAAUUACAGUUUACUGUACAUCAGUACCGAAAAUAAAAGUGUUCGGCUCCACCACUUCAAGAAUGAUCACAGGAGCCUGCAGAAAGAAACAGUGAAGUUCGAGCUUGAUGCGUACAAAAUUGUUCUGUGGAUUUUGAGUAACUAUAGAUGGUAUUUUUAA